ACGGUUUCUUCUUCUUCUCCGGGAGUAUUUAUGGCCGCGACGGCGUCAGGCAAGGUGGAGAAGGGGCAUCAGCUAUACAGAGACGGCAAGUAUAAAGAGGCGCUUCUCUUCUUUACGGAGGCUCUUACGGCUGCUAAGGCCAAGCCUCAGAAGAUCGCUCUUCACAGCAACCGCGCCGCUUGUUUUUUGAAAUUGAACGAUUUCAACAAGGCAGCAGAAGAAUGCACUUGUGUUCUUGAGCUUGAUCAGAAACAUAGUGGUGCGUUGAGUCUGAGGGCUCAGACAUUAGUCUCUCUUAAAGAAUAUCAAUCUGCUCUUUUCGAUGUCACUAGACUUAUGGAGUUGAACCCUGAUUCUAAGGUUUAUCAGAACCUUGAAGCUCGCUUGAGGACGCAGUUGUCCCUUGCUCCAAUUCCCGAAUCUGAAGCAGAAUUGGAAGAAGAUGAAGAAGAGAGUGGCGUUGAACAACAAGACACACAAGAUAAGAAAAGUAGAGAAUUUGAGUUUGGUGUUCAUGAGAGAAGAGAUAAGAGGUUUGAGUCGGUAGUUUCCAUUAGAAGAGAUAUAGAGACCCAAGGAGAAGAUGCAAAUAUAAAUAAGGGGGAAGUUGUUGCACCUAAAACACCAGAGGUUAGAGAACAGAACAGCAAGGAAGUGCCGGUGUCUGGAAAGCAAUCUAAUGCAUGGCAAGCCAUACCUAAGCCUAAGGGUCAUUCAACACUCGAUUACGCCCGUUGGGAUACAGUUGAAGAUGAUUCCAGCGAAGAAGAAGACGAUGAAGACAGCGAUGACAGUGAUGAAUCUCCACCUCAGUACAGAUUCCGUGUUAAGACAGUAGGGGUGCGUCCUGUGAAGUGAAAAAAGUGUAGAUAGGAACAUGGGAUGGUUUCUUUCAUCCUGAUAUAUUGCAUAUUGUUGCACAGAAGAGCUGUGAAAAAGCAUUAGAGAGAAGGGCAUAGUGUACCAAAGCAGACUAGUCAUGUUUUGAAUUGCCUCAUCUGCAAUUGGCUUCAGUGGUCACCAUGUAUCAGUGUGAUGUGUCUAUUUAUACAUCUUCAAAAAGAAAACAUACUGAGUUUCAUACACAAUACAGAAGACCAUGUUCAAAUCAAGUGGUGUGUUGUUC